AUGCCUCCCACAAACCUCGACAACACACUCUCCCACAUCCUCUCCUCCCGCCUCUCCCAAGGCCGCCUCCGCCGCCUCACCAUCCCCUCCCCAAGCGCCAUCGACUUCUCCUCCAACAGCUACCUCUCCCUGUCCUCCCACCCUUCCGUCAAGGCGGCCUACCUCUCCCUCCUCACGUCCCACCUCCAACCAUCAGACAGCCCCCCCCAGCAACAACCGGGUCAUCACACUCUCGGCUCAGGAGGCUCCCGCCUGCUGGACGGGAACUCGUCCUUCGCAGAAGCCCUGGAACGGCAAAUCGCAGGCUUUCAUGGCGCGGAGGCGGGACUGCUGUUCAAUUCUGGGUUUGAGGCGAAUACGGGGCUGUUUGCUUGUGUGCCGCAGAAGGGGGAUGUGAUUGUGUACGAUGAGUUGAUUCAUGCGAGUGUUCAUGAUGGGAUGAGGUUGAGCAGGGCGCAGAGACUUGCCUUUGCGCACAAUCAAGUAUACGAUGCUGCUGCUGCGUCCUCAGCCUCACAGCAGGGGCAAGGCAGCAAAUACCCAAGCUUGGACGCUCUGUUGCAAAGUCUCACAAGAGGUCCACAAGGAGACGCCGUAAGAAGCGGCAAGACAAACAUCUUCGUCGCCGUCGAAGGCAUCUACAGCAUGGACGGCGACGCCGCCCCCCUGAGACAAAUCGUCGAAUGCGUCGAAAGGAGACUCCCCCAGGGCAACGGCUACAUCAUCGUCGACGAGGCGCAUUCGACAGGCAUCCUCGGUCCCCAGGGAAGAGGGCUCGUCUGUCAGCUGGGACUGGAGGACAGGAUAUGGGCGCGGGUGCAUACGUUUGGGAAAGCCAUGGGAUGUUCCGGUGCCAUCGUCCUCAGCUCACCAACCGCAAGAAACUACCUCAUCAACUACGCCCGCAGCUUCAUCUACACAACGGCAAUGUCCUUCCCCUCCCUCGCAAGCAUCCACACAACAUACAACUUCCUCGCCAGCAGCAGCCACGCCGACCCUCUCAUCGCACAACUCUACUCCCUUAUCCAUCACAUGCAUAGCCUUCUCGCAGACAUCAUCGUUCGACACGCUCCCUCGCCAGAACUCUUCCGCAUCAACCCCGAGGUGCCGCAGUCGCCCAUUCUGCCGCUGUUUACGAGCAGAGCGCGGAGUCUGGCGCAGUAUUGCCAGGAGAGGGGGUUCACGGUGAGGCCGAUUGUGGCGCCUACGGUGCCGAUGGGGCAGGAUCGGGUGAGGGUGUGUUUGCAUGCUGGGAAUAGCGUGGAGGAGGUGGAGGGACUGUGUAGAGCGGUGGAAGAAUGGGUAGCCAAUGCUUCCAGGAGUAAGCUGUAA